GAGUUGGGGAGAGAUAUGGUAGGAUGAUGUGGUGCGUCAUACCCUCAAGCUUGUCUUGCCAGGUCUGAUGUGGCAUGGUGUCUGAUGUGUCCAAUGGGGUAUUAUUGGUGAAGGUACGGUUGAGGACAGAUUAUUGUGUGGGGCUGUGAUACGCAUAAACUGCUAAACACCGAGAACGGCUUGAGCAGAGGAGUCGUGACCAAGGAGCGUUGGUAGGCAGGUGACAACGACAAUGAGUGAUGACCGUGUCCUGCGUCGUCGUUAUAUAUAACAAGAAUCGUCCGCAAUGGCAGGUGCCUGUACCACUCGGGCUCCAGACAACCGGUCUGCGAGACGGACUGAUGUGGCCGAAGAGGAUUCGAAGAGUCGACACGCUUAAUCAAUAUGCAUGCCUUGCUUGUACUGUAUCGUUCGUGCCGUUUCUAGUUUUCCGGGUUUCUGAGACGACGUGUUUGUUCGCGAAGAUGCAGAACAACAGCAAGAAGGUUAGAAGCUGGACACGGGACCAUGCAUCGUGCCAGGGAGAGGAGGACAGAGGAGAAGGAAAGAGAAAACAAAGAGUCUAUUUGCUCGUUCUGCUUGUAAGGGAAAGAAAGAUAUGGCUGAUCAGGAGAAGAGACGUAUCAACGACUUGGUUCAACCCUUGGCCCUCUGGAUGUGGGGAUAAACUAGGGCCUCAUCCGCCUUGGAGCUACAGUACCAUCCCGUGCGAGGCGGUGGAUGAUGGGGUUACUUUUCUGAUCUUUCUUUCCGUCCUCCUUGCUUUUUGCUUUUCCCCGGUCCGCUGCUCUGCGCCAAGUCAGCCGCAUCACCGGUCACUGGAUCAUUGGGACUCAACACUGCCAUGGCACUCGCCCAGGCUAGGCGUUGAUGCAGUCGUGACUACAGCCAAGCAGCAUACGCCAUCGUCCAAGGUGUGAGUACCAAUGUACUGUAUACACCUGGAGCCCAGAUAUUGGCAAGACCUGCCAGCGUUUCGCCAGUGACGAGCGAGUCAAGACAGAGUAUGCAGAAAAAGCAACGGGAUGUAACGCCGGUCAGCAGGGAUCAAGAGUUUGGGUUCGCGC